UCGAUAAGAUUCGAUCGAUCGACUGGUCGAGGGCCAUCCUUUUGAAGAUCGUGCCGUUGAUUAAGGACUUUGAUGGGGUUCCCAGGGCUGGGGUCUUGGAACUGGUUGACAAAGUGUUUGAUGGGAUGAGGAAGGUUGAGAUCCAGGAUUUGCCGGCGUUGGUGUACCAGUUGCUGGUUUUGGCGUCGAGGGGGGUGAGCAGGAGGGAGAUCGUGAAGGGGAUCUUAGGGUUUUUCGAGGGUUUGAAGGGGCAGGGGAGGAUUGUGAGGGAGGUGGAGGGGACGGUGCUGAUGCAUGUGAACUUCGCGGUGAAGCAGGAUUUGUCGCUGGGGAACGAGGUGAUUGGGAUCGUGAAGUCGGAUUUUGGGGUGAUUAAUCAUUUUGUGGUUGCUGUGGUUCUUUCCAUCGCGAGGGUUAGGAGGUUUGGGGAGAAUGCGAUUGGGGUUUUGAAGGCGGCGGUUGUUAGUUCGCAGAAGGAUUAUAGGGUUUCAAGGGAUUGCAAAUGGUUGCCGGAUAAAGUGAAGGAAGAAUGUCUUGAAACAGCCAAAUAUGUGGAGAAGGCUUUCAUUAAAGCUAUUAAUGAGAGCAACUGUGGUAGAGAGCAUGUAGUACCUAGCAUUGUCCAGUUCUGCUUUAUCUUGCUAGAGUCAGCGAAUGAGGAGAGUGGUAAAGUCAGUGAUGGAGCUGAAGAACUGAUGGGUAUUGAAGAACUUGGGAUUAAGUUGCUCAAGACUCUUUUUGAGAUUCAUGACAUGGCAAGAAAUGAGAUAAUUGAGCAAUGCAAGUUUCGGAUUCUUUCUCUGAAGCCUCAGCAAAGUAUUCCCAUUAUAAAUUUUCCAUAUUCAAUGGCAGAAUUUGUUCCUCGCAUGAAAGAAUUAUUGGAUUAUUUCACUUUCAUGCAUGAUGAAACUUCCAUUCGUCUCGUCAAAGCUGUUCUGCCACUGAUUAAGUUUAGCCGGAACCUUCAGGAUUACAUUGUAUUGGUUGUCCGAAAGGCUAUGUUCAGAAGGGAAGAUACUAUCCGUACAGCUGCUACUAUUACCAUAAUUGAUCUUAUAUUUGUGGAAAAUAAAUCCAGGAAAAGUGGCCCAGAUUCUUUACAAGAUUCUUCAAGCCAAGCUAGUUGCAGCCAACAAACUGACGUACCCUGUGGGACGAGGGGAAGUCUCUUUCAAGAACUGAGUGGCUUGCUCCGUAGAUGUCUCUCACAGAAGGCUAGAGUUAAAGAAGUCAUGUAUUACGGUCUUAUGAAGCUUGUUGUUUUAGACCCUUUUAUUGCUGGUUCAAUCUUUGAUCUUCUCUUGCCUCACUUCCUUAACUUUUAUAGUGAGGAUACCAAAUUUCUCCUCAGACUUGAUGCUUGCUUUACGCUGGAGAAUGGAAAAGUGAGCUUUCUGGAACCUCUAGACUGUCUUUUGUCCUGUGUCUCUUGGAUUCUUCUCCUUCAGCCCCAUGGCAAAUCUGACAAUCCAUUGGAACAUUCUUGGCAAUGCUUUGAUUUCUCUAUUUCACAAGAUAAUGAGGAAGGAAGGGCGUCAUCUGGUGAGCAGUUUUCAAAUGCUUUAUCAAAGAUCCGAAAGAGUUUGAUCAGCUGUAGAUUAGAAGAUGGUCCAGGACAGAGCCAAGAUCCUGAUUCUCACUCAUCGGAUGGAGAAAAGGCCUAUUUACGAGCCUGGAUUUUGCUUGGAGUGAUAGAAGUCUUUGUCAAUAUUGUUGCUUCAGAGUUGGAGAAAGCAACAGAAAAGGUUAAUCUUGAGAAAGAAAUUAUAGAGCUUGUUGAAUCAUAUUGUCUUAUUGAAAAGAAGGUAGAGUUGAAUAGACAAGUUAGUGGCAGGAAAGGGCCUUCAAGAGCUACUGCACAAGAUAUCCCAACUGCAAGUAAUAGCGAGCCAAGAGAAUGUUCUCGUGCCUCUCUUUCAAAACUAUCACAAACAAGGAGAUCUUUCUUUGCAACCUCAAGUAUUCAUCAGUUAUUAGUGGUUGCUGCGAAUUUGUACGCUGCUGCCGUUAGUGACGUAGCUUCUCAGAAUCACUCUCAAUCAUCUUUUAGCAAGAGAUUAGACCAGAGCCUGAAGCUAAUAUCAUUUUCUUUGAAGGCUUGCCUUCGUCAUUUAAAAUCAAUUUCUGUGAUGGAACGUGGAGAAAGUGGCAACGUUUUGAAUGUUUUAAUUUAUGGGGAUGUCAAACACCUGGCACAACCUAUAAUGCGUCUUAUUUGGUUGCUCAUGUCAGGUCCAAAAUUGGAAAAGGAUCCAAAGAAUAAGGAAUCCAAAGGGAAGAAAAAUGUAGGAAGUAAACGGGAUCAAUCCGUUCUGUCGUUGUUGUGUCUAAAUGAAUUGUUUAAGUUGAAUUCUUCUCAAACGCACCUUACAGAAAUAGUCGAGGAGUUGAACUCUAUGUCCGCAUCAGAUUGGAAUCUAGAAGGUGGAACUAAUGCUGCUGAGGGCAACCCUCAAGAACAAGACUUGUUAGAAAAUGACCCAUUUGUGAGAAGUAUGCACUUGUUCUUGGAGAAGAAAAUAAAGCCACUAUAUGCUAGAUACAUUUCCUCUACUGGUUUCCAGGAAUCUGAGGUUCUAUCUGAGUUAAUGGUGACACUUGGAAAGAAAUUAGCACAUGAACAAAGAAAACUUUACGGGAACUGGGCGGUGGGCAUAUGUAGGAGCCAUAAAGUUGAAAAUCACAGUGCUGCACGAAGUUUAGUAUCGCUUGCCCUUAAUCUGUUACCAGCAUCAGAUGAUCUGGUUAUUGCACGUGAGAUGGCUUCAGAAUUGCUUAAAGUUAUUGGAUCUGAAGAUAAGGAUCCUACAGCUAUGUCUGAAACAUUUCUAGUUAUUAAUCAUUCAACUAAAAAUGUAAUUGCUACUGUGAUGAUGCAAUUGGUUGAAUUUUCUAUUGUCGAUUUGGAUUGGGCUGUAUCAAGGCUGAAGGCUGUCUCCACCUUCCGUCAUGAAUUUGCUAAGCCCAAUGGAAACAUUCAAUUUGGCGAAAGGCUCCCUGGAAUGUUGCUGGAAGAAGCAAUCUAUUCCAGGUCAGAAGCACUGGUGGAUGUUAUGUCAUCAUUUACAGAGAUGAACCUUAAAGAUUCUUUAGCAGAGCAAUUGUUGAAAUUAAGCGCAAGAUUUUACAAGCUUUUGGCUCGUAUGACAAAGCUUCGGAUUGCGCCGAAAGGCUGCAGACAGUUCUUGCCAGGACUUAAGUUUCAAAAGUUAGCAGAAGUAACUUGCAAAAAGCUUACCAGUCCCCUUUACAACUUCAUGGCUCUAGUUCAAACAAACCAGCAGGAUAAUACGCAGCAUAAGGGAAUCAUCAACAAGAUAAAACGAGAGAACAGAUGCAUUCCUGACCUAAUAUAUCAAAUUGAAGACUAUGAGAGGUAUCUCAUUCAACUCAGCAAACUAACAAAAGUGAAUCUUUUGAGGAACGCAAAACGCAGCACUGCAAGAGAUUUCAAGAUUAUAGAGACAAAGAAGAUGGAUACACCUGAACAAGAACCGAGUCAUUCUGGGGAUGAAUCUGACCAAGAAUCUGACGGUUUAGGUGAAGACAAAGAACCUGAAAAGGUUGCAACGUAUCCAGAAUCUGAUGGCGAGGGUGCUGAUGCUGCUGAAGAUACUGAGAGUGAGAAGGAUGAGCAGGAGAUUGUGGUACCCAAGAAAAGGGUUAAGCUGAGUAAGGUUAUCCAAGACUCAGAUGAAGAAGGAUGAUUAAUGGCGAUAGAUGCAUAUAUCAUCUACGUGAUAUGCAGUUUAUGUGCUGAAGAUGUAUAUAAAUAGAAGGCCUCUGAACAUUGCGACUGAUUAAUGUUUGUUGUGAAAUUUAGUACGAUAAAAUAUAUGGUAAUAUGUAGGAAGCAGUCAAGCUUGCGAACUCAGGAAACUGCUGCAAGUAUAAUGUUUGUAAAAUUUAUGAUGAUUCUAACUCUUAAAAGUCAUAAACAAUCUCUCGAUAAAAAGGCAAAAUGUGAGUAGAACAGAAUUUGGCUGUCUCUGUUAUUU